AUGUUCCUCGUCAAAGACGGCAACGGCAAUUUUGGGUCAGACCGGGACGCACUGCCAGCUGGUGGGAGAACUUUGAGAUGGAAGUCGUCCUCCCGGAGGAAGGCAUGCUUCAACGGCCUCACUUCAACGCUUCAUCGCAGCACACGUCGGUGGCCGCACACUUCAACGCCCACACGCUUCGCCGACGCCACUUCGGUGGCCGCACGCUUCGACGACGCUUCGACGACUCCACGCUUCGACUCCUCCGCCACGCUUCGACUCCUCCGCCACGCUUCGACUCCUCCGCCACGCUUCGACUCCUCCUCCACGCUUCGACUCCUCCUCCACGGAUCGACUCCUCCUCCACGCAUCGACUCCUCCUCCACGCAUCGACUCCUCCUCCACGCAUCGACUCCUCCUCCACGCAUCGACUCCUCCUCCACGCAUCGACUCCUCCUCCACGCAUCGACUCCUCCUCCACGCAUCGACUCCUCCUCCACGCAUCGACUCCUCCUCCACGCAUCGACUCCUCCUCCACGCAUCGACUCCUCCUCCACGCAUCGACUCCGGCGCACGCAUUGA